CUUUGAGUCUCGCCUCUCUGUGAGUGUGCGCACACACGCCGUGCCUGGAGAGAAGGAGAGAGAAGAGCAGGCCCGUGUCUCGCUCUGUCCAAUUGACCAUCUUCGAAGGAGAGAGAGGGAGAGAGAGAAGUGACUCAGAACAAUACUGAGCGAGAAUGAGCGAGGGGCAGGGAUCCUUCAGAACAAGCUUGGGGAAUUAAAGACUGGAGCCAGUCUGGCAUCAGUGGGAAAAUCCAAAGUGAGAGGGAAGGAUAUUACGUGAGAGGAUAAAUACGUCAAUAUUUGGAAAGUACCAGGGGAACGGAAAAUACUUUUUUUUUUUUUAUUCAUGAAGAAAUACAGAAGAUUGCCCAUAUCGACACCCAAGAGACCACAAACAGGAAACUAUCACAGGGUGACACUUAAAAACGGCUCUGCAGACUGACUGCGUUAAGCAGGAGAAAUGGAGAAGCGUCCUUUCUCAGAAAGAUAAAAGGAUGUCACUGCCAGUUUUGCUGUUACUAUCAUUUUUGACUGUCCAGUGUGGUGGAUGUGACUUUGAUUGGGACACAGUCAAAAACCUUCAAAGAACAAUUGAAGCUAAGCCUAAAGAAUUCCGGAAAGCAUUUCCUAAAGAUUACUAUGUGAAGCACCACUAUAGAAGCAGCAUGCUUUGCGAUAGAGAGCCGUGUAGUGUGUUCCCUGCUGCUGUCUUCCUGCUCAACUCCUGGACAGGCCUGCUCCCCAACCUCUGGGAUGAGCACGUCAAUUACCUAUUGAUUUCCGAACUCAAGCAGUCACUGGAUGCUAUUAUACAGAAAAAUAAACAUGCAGAGAGAUUAGAAGAAGAGACCGAGAUCUCAUCGUUUCCGUCCAUCUUGUCCUCCCCAGAGCAGCUUCUGAACUUCACGUCAGAGCUGUUUUCCUGUUGGAUCAAGGUGGGAUGCCGUGAGUCCAUUAAGACGUGUGUGCCCCCCACCUUGGCCCCCAUUCUGGUGGAGAGGGUGGAGCACCCCCCGCUGAGAGCCAGACUAUUGACAACCAAAGCUGUGAGCCUGGAAGAGGAAGGACCCUGGGAGAUGUUGGACAUUACUCAACAACCUUCCAAUAGCAGCCCUUUGCUAUCACAGACUCUGGCUUUUGUCUGGAGCCCCUUUAUCUUUGGACUGCUCUGGGGAUGGUUGCCAUAGGAACGCUGACCCUUUUACCCCAAUGUACAUGAAAUGCUAAAUAAAUUGCAGUUAAGGGUCACUUACAUCCAGAGACACGCACAGGUUGCAUCAGGAAGUUGUGUUGGAUAGCUGAGUGUGCUACACAACAGGGCUCUAUUCCAGUUAUGUACAAUUGUAAUCAAGGCACGGCCUUCAGUGAUUGAUGGUUUUUAACAUUAACUUGCCACUCCACAUAAGCCAUUUCCCUUCCUUGUGAAAUGUUUACAAAGGAAGUCUAAAGUCUUGAUAGUAAUAUUUUAGCGUUUGAAUGUAUACUUUUGUACAUAUUGUAAAUUGAAAUAUAAACAUUCAGUAAAGCUGAAUCAUUGGCGGGGGGAAAACUGUCUUUUUGUGUACAUAUCUAGCAACUUAAAAACGAUGGUGUGGUUUUGUCUAGGAAAUAAGUCUUUCAAUAGAGAUGGAAGGUUUGAGAGCGGCAGGACAGUAUUUGCACAAGCUGCAGAGUCACUGCAAUAAUUGUGUGUAGCAGUGUUUGGUAACGCUUGCACAACACUGUAUUAAUAGCUGAAAAAACAUCCAUUUGUGUAAAACGGUCUUGACUUAACAGGAUGCAGAUGGUAUAGGAAUGUACUUUGGACAGAACACUGUUGUAAACUCAAAGUGAGCUUAUUCCACGACAUGACACUCAAAUACCUGAAAUGUUACAUCCAUGAAGAUUUGGGGCCCAGAAUUUGGUUUUUAUUGACCCUCCCUUAUGUGUGCAUCAUAAACCUCACUGAUUGCCAAGCCAUUUAUUAAUAUAUUCAAGCCCUGCAUUUCCAUUCACUUAUACAAUAAAACAUUGUUGCUUGCAAAAAUAUUACAGUUAAAUGUGUAGUAACAUGGUAAACCAGAAUGUAGCUAUAUCUUAUUUUAUUUUAUGAACAGUUCAUCUGUGAUGGAGGUUAUUUUCUAUUUUAAUAAACUAUUUGGAAUGUAUAUAUGA